ACUACUACCCCAACAUCAAAACCUACCACUACCCCAACAACCCCUACUACAACUACUUCAACAACUAAACCUACCACUACACCAGCAACAACUCCCACCACUACCCCAACAUCAAAACCUACCACUACCCCAACAACUACUAUAUAUUCUUCAACAUCAAGACCUACCACUACCCCAACAAGUACUACAACUACUUCAACAACUACAUCUACUACUACCCCAAAAACUACUUCUACUACUACCCCAACAGCUACUACAACUCCACCAACAACAACCACUACCCCAGCAUCUACCACAACAACAGGCUUCAUUGUAGUCACAAAUCCACCAUAUACAUUGCAGUCAGCCGCACCUCAAGUGCAAAAUACAACUUUGACCAUACAGACAGAAAAAACUAUGACAUCAAACCCUACCACAACCCCUAUCACUUCCCCAACAACAACCCCUACCACUACCCCCAAAACAACCCAUAUCACUAGCCCAACACCCCCUACCACUAGCCCAACCACAAAUCCUACCACAUUAUGUUUUUGCACAUAUAAAAAUCUACAUUUCCCUGCUGGUUCCUUGAUAUAUAAUGAGACUGAUGGGGCAGGCUGGUGUUUCACCUCUUACUGUAACUCAAGUUGUGUUGUUGAGAAACAAGCCAGACCAUGUCCCUCUACGACCCCAACUACAGUCAGCACUGUCUCAGCUACAGUCAGCACUGUCUCAGCUACAGUCAGCACUGUCUCAGCUACAGUCAGCACUGUCUCAACUACAACAGAAGCUACACAUACUACAUCAUCUAGAUUGUCCUCGACUACACCUUACACGGGCUGUGAAUAUGUCUUUCCACCAAGAAAGGAUGGUGAGACUUGGAAGACAGACAACUGCACUACUCAGACUUGCCACAGAGGUGUAAUUACCACAACGCCUGUGGACUGUAAGUCUGUAGAAAAGCCUGUGUGUGAAAAUGGAUACCCACCAGUGAAAGUCUAUGACGAAUCAGGUUGCUGCUAUCACUACGAAUGUGAAUGUAUAUGCUAUGGAUGGGGAGACCCUCAUUACAUCACAUUUGAUGGCCAAUAUUACAGUUUCCAGGAAAACUGCACCUACGUUUUGAUUAAAGAAAUAGUUCCUCGACAGAACUUCAGUGUCAUCAUCGACAACUAUAACUGUGAUCCGUCUGGACAUGCGACCUGCCCUCAGUCUCUGAUUGUCAAUUACAAGUCUUACAAAAUCGUUCUUACUCCGAAGAGAUUAAAUGUGACAACAAAUAUGGUUUACAUCAAUGGAAAUCAGAUCUUCCCGACCUUUUCUAAUGAAGACCUCAUGAUCACCAGCACUGGGGUGGAGUUACUGUUGAAGAUCCCUGCCAUUAAAGCAACAGUGAUGUUUAAGUCCCUUAUGUUCAGUGUAACCCUGCCAAACUCCCUAUUCCACAACAACACAGAGGGGCAGUGUGGUACCUGUGACAAUAUCAGGAAAAACGAUUGCAGAUUACCAAAUGGACAGAUUGACCCAUCAUGUCCUGGGAUGGCUCAUGAAUGGAAGAUUCCUGAUGUUAAAAAACCCUACUGUGAACAGCAACCCUCUACCCCACCUACCCCACCUACCCCCCCUACCCCACCUACCCUAACUACCCCCACGCCUCCAAUCUGCCCGUCAGGAAAGACAUCAAUCUGUGACAUCAUACUUAGCCCGGUCUUUAAGCAAUGCCAUGAUGUUAUCCCACGUCAACCCUUCUUCGAGGCCUGUAAGUUUGAUGUCUGCCACAUGCCAAAUAUCUCAAUUGGCUGCUCCAGCCUGGAAGCCUACGCCGUGAGGUGUGCAGCAGCUGGAGUCUGUAUCGACUGGAGGAAAUCAACUAAUGGAACAUGUGAACUGACAUGCCCUAAGACCAAAGUGUAUAAGGCAUGUGGCUCUACUAUCCAGCGAACAUGCAAUUCAAGAUACAAUGACAAAUAUGUGCAUUCAUGUCAGGGAGCACAAAUGACCCGUGACUUUGUAUGUGACUCAUUCAUGGAGGGCUGUUUCUGCCCUGAGGGUACCAUCUUGUUCAACACAUUCUCUGACACCUGUGUUCGUGACUGUGGAUGCACAGGACCUGAUGGAAAACCCAAACAGUUUGGUGAGACUUGGUACAGUAACUGCCAGAAGUGCACGUGUAAUGCUGACACACUGAGUGUCCAGUGUGAACCAGUGAAAUGUCCGCCCCAAGAAAUUGUUACCUGUAAGAAGUACGGGGAGGUGUUGGUCAACGAGACGGUGGACUGCUGUCAGAUAAAUACAUGUGUGCCCAAACCUGUUUGUGUCCACAACAAUACUGAAUACACGCUUGGGGAGUUUUGGUCGCCCCCUAGUGACCGCUGUGUGAAGUAUGAAUGCACAAAGACAAACAAUCAGUUCAUCGUUGUGGAAUCCAAAUUUGAAUGCCCAGUGUUCCGUCCAGAGGACUGUGUCCCUGGAACUGAGAAAACUGAUGCAAAUGGAUGUUGCACAACCUGCACUUUAAUCAGUCACUGUGAUGUGAAGAACACCACCACCUACCUUGAGGUGAAUAACUGCAGGUCCUCUGUGCCGGUGGAAAUCUCAGCCUGCGGGGGAUCCUGUGGAACAUCUUCUAUGUACUCUGCAGAGAAAAACACCCUGAUGCACUCCUGCUCCUGCUGUCAAGAGAUGUCUACCAGUGAGAGGAAGGUGGAGAUGGUCUGCCCUGAUGGGAAGAAGAUCAUGCAGUCCUACAUUUACAUUGAUAAGUGUGGCUGCCAUGACUCUGAGUGUGACAAGAAGAACCACUUAGAUUAGGCCUUGAAGAAUGAAGUCUUUUGAAGUGUUCUUAUUUACCUGCAUGGAAUAUUCAAUAGUUUUAUCUAAAGGGAACCAAUAGGGUCUGUCUCAUUAUCAUAUAGGCUACUUUCAUGAACUGUAUGUUCUUUCUCUCUCCACUAUCAUAGACAUUAUGCAAACCUAUUAAACUGAUGAAGAAGCAUGAA